UAGGGAAAUUAUAAAGGACCGUGCAGAUUCUGGACUAGCAGUGACCCAAUAAUUGAAAAGUAAACUACACGUAUAAUGCGUCAUUCGUUCCAUCGCAUGCUACGCUAAUCACUCCGUUGGUAUCAAUUCUCUUUCACUAUCGGCAAUCAUAGCGAGAAGUAGCUGCUAGCUAAUCAUCGGAACUGGAACUUCAGCCUCAUAAAUACUCCGCUUAUAUACUCGUAUACCCAGCCUUUCUGAACAUGCAGCCUGUUACUAUCAUGGAGAAUAGACCCUCGCGGGCUGGCUAUUCUGAAAACUACAGUGCAGGUGCGGCCACCUGUACAGCGGUGUUUAUGAUUGUAUACGCCAUAGGUUCGGUAGUGUGUGGAGCCAUUAUCUUCGUCCCACAUGGAGUACACUCUUCAGUCAUCUUCGAAUACGGCUACCCGAUUAUCGCUUUCGCUCAAUGUGGUCUGUACCUUUUGACUGCAUUAUUCGGUCUUGGGACAAUCUGCAGAUACACAUGCAUGAUUGCGUUUUUCUUGAUUGCUUGCAUCCUGUCGGCAAUUGCUAGUCUUGGAGCACUUGGAUAUCACUGCUUUCUAAUUUACCUCUUUGCGACCAAUGGCACUUUUGAGAAAUGUCAAGUUUUUAAUGCUUGUUUGUAUAUCAUCGUUCCAAUGUGUGUGUUGGUUGUGCUUAGUUUCAUGGCGUUUAUCAGUGCUCUCGUUGGCUCUAUUUAUUGUUGCAGGGGUAUGUCCUCCCCUCCGCCCUCUACAUUGAUGGUAACCCAGCCCGCUACUGUGUACGCCCAGCCCCCUCAAAAACAACAUGUUUACGCCUACUAAGCACUACCAACAAUAAUUUUGAACGUGCCUCCAGAAAGAGUACUUUACUGAGGUGGGUUUCAACAGGUUAAUAUUAUAAUUAUUACUAUUGUUGUUAUAAUUAUUAUCAUGAUUAUUAAUAUCAUGAUUAUUACCAUCAUUAUUAUUAUUGUUGUUGUCAUUACUUGAAUUAUUUUAUUCAAUUCAUUAUUAUCGUAUCAUUUCAAGGUAAAUUUGAUAUUACAUACAGUAUAAAAUAUGUCGAUAAACGGUACUAACUACUAACUAUCAGUAUAAACAACCGUAAAUUAACAGUACUAUAAACAUAUAAUUACAAGUUGAAAAUGUUAUAUGAAAGGUAGCUAAGCAGAAAUCUAUUAAAUUUGUAUUUUUCAUAGUCUAGGCCUUGGGGCAUAAAGAGGGUAUUGUUCUUUCCAUUAACAAUUGUAUUGAAUGUGAAUAUAUCGUAUGUCUACAAUCAUUCGAAGGGGGUACAUGUACGCUGUAAUGUGAAGUAUAGUAAUUUAAUUCAAUGAUCGGGUAAUGAUAAUAGCGCUCAGGUGAGAAACAGGUAUUACUGGGGAACCAAUUGAUUUUCCUCGUUACAGCCGAUACUUCGUUAUGUCAGGACGUACAUAAAAAUGUACAUGUGGGACUCCAUGUUCAUGUACAAUAAUAAUAAUCCAAAUGUACCGAGUUGUUCUGCUGUAAACUCUUUUAUUAAAAACAUCAAUGUAAAAUAAUGAUAAUGUAAUAGAAAACACUCAACAACAAAAAUGUAGUUCACCAAGACGCUUUUUAAUAUAACUCUGGAAAAUUGUUGUCAAAUUUGUUCAUUUAGGAAGUAACGUAAGCGGAAUUUUCUUAAUAACGUUUGGAGUAGUUAUUUCCACCCGGUUGUUUGUGAUUUUAUAAUGAAAUUAUGUUUUUUCGUGCAGUCGGUACUCAAAAUUGUAUUUAAUAAUUGUAGAAAAAACAUGUAAAUAGAUAUGCCACAAGCUGUCUAUCUCUGAUGAACUUUGGCUGCGUGUGGUUGACAAAAUACACACCAUUCAUGUCCCUUUUACUAAACAAUAAAUCACUAACUUUAAAAUCCCUUGGGCAGACAGAUUCAUAGUUUACACUUUUUAAAUGCACCAUUGCAGCAGUUUGCUGCGGAAGUGUUGUUUUUAUUGAUUUUGCUGAUUUUAAAGGUGCAGUAUGAAAAAAAAUUGUUUUGGGAGAUAAAAGUUUCUUCAUCAUGAAAUCAAUUGUCCGUUUUCUUUGUAGCUGAUUUGUCAAAGGAUACAUUCUUCUUUGCGGGGCUCUUUGUAUUUACGUAGGCAUAUUCUAGGCAUGCGUGCAUACUUCAUUCUUUUAAAAUUACUACAGUAGGUUUUAGGUUACUUCAUCUACAUGUACAAGAACCAUUUUUAUGUAGUUGCAAUACAGAUGAGGUUUGUAGAAACAAAUGAAUGUAUGCGUGUUGCAGUUGCUAGAUUCAUGAAACUCUUUUUUGUUUUCUUUUAGUAAAGAAGCUUAUAUCCAUAAAGAAUUUUGUAUACGAAAUAUUGUUUGUACUUUGAGCGUCAUAUAUUUUAUAUUUACACAGUUUUUAUGUUGUAUAAUUAUAUCUUAAUGAUUGGACAUUAGAUUUUCGCUUCUGGCACGUAUCUUUUGUCUCCCUAUUAAAAAAAGUUUUGUGAGAAACUAAUAUUUGAUAAACUCUUCAAGAAAACUAGUGUCCACAUUUUAUAUCACUUUUCGCGAGAUGAGCUGGACAGUAUGGAAAACAAAUUGCAAUGGUUUUCAGAUUUUAAAUAGAAAUGGAUUCUUCCAGUAAAAUAAGAACAAUACACAAAUCAUAUGUGACAUUGCCUAUCAAAUUGUGGGCGACUAGUUCCAGUAAUACAUUUUUGUGGACAUUUUCUUGACUUGUCUGUAAUCAACGUCUUAUUUGAGGCAAAUAUUACUU